CCGACUAUCGCUCUCUGUGGUCUGAUUAAAAAAUACCUUUUUUGUUUAGUUUAAAAAAUAAAAUAGAAAAACGAAUUACAAAUCAAUCAAUCGCGAAUCCGAAUCGUCGAUGUCUAAUGCCAAUCAAUAAACACAAUUCCAAUUUCAAUUCAUUAAAUCAACUCAUAGCUGAUAAGUAAUCGUGUCAAUUUAUUAAACAAAAAGAAAAGAAACCAACAAAUCAUUAAGAAGAAAAAUCAAGUGUUUGUGUCUACACCGAAAGUGAAUCGUAAAAAAUUAAGCGAAAUCAAAAAGAAGACAAGACAAGACAGAAGAAAACGAAAAACGUCUCCAUCUCCAGUGACCAGACCAGAUAAUACCAGAGACCAGACCAGCAGCGCCAGCCCCCAGCAUCAAGAAGUGUAUUUUCUACUCUACAACAACUACUGUCUACUCCAUGGCUUGAACAAAAAGAUCAAAUCAAAAGUAGGUACUUGGAGCGUUGUAAGCAUUUCUUUUGUGGAUUCUUGCACUUGCACUUGCACCCCACCACCAACAACAACCAAAAAAGGAAAUUGUGAAAAUUCCAGCUUAAUUUGUUUUUCUUCUCUUUUGCCGCCGCAACCACAACAGUAACUGCAAGAGAAAUCUAUGUAAAUUGAUAGUAGAUUCACCAAUUAACUGAUAACUUUAAAUAAAACCAAAAAUAUGCACUUCUCAAUUCCGGACACACAGGAAUUCUUCAACGAUACAACUGGUUCCACCUACACGGGUUUUAAUAUUCACAUAAAUGGCAGCUUCCAUUGCUGUUUGCGAUUCAAACAGCUUCACAGCCUUCACGAGCAACUUAAGCGGUCAUUAGCAACGUCCAGCACUCCAAAUGCCACUCUCCCCUCAUUCCCCCCAAAGAAACUGCUUCCUUUGACAAAUAACCAAAUCGAAGCACGAAGAAUAGCUCUCGAGCAUUAUGUACAGAUUGUCGGGCAGGACCCGGUCAUAUCCAAAUCAGAGCUAUUGCGAACGUUCCUUUUGAGCGCCCAGCAAGAAUCUUCGUCCAUUGAUACACGAGAAACAACUAUCGAUGUGCAUUUGAUGAAUGGAUUUCGGAUAUCUGUGAAUUGCUAUACAAACGAUUACUCACUGAAGGUGCUUUCGAAGGCGUGCCAAAAUAUAGACUUGCCAUGUAGCUAUAUAAAUUACUUUUCGCUGUUUUUGAUGCGGAAAGAUAACGACGGGGGCGUUAUUCUAAUUAGGAAAUUGAUGGACUUUGAAUCACCUUACAUAUCACAGCGGAUAGCUGAGGAUUGCCAAAUUGUUAUAAGAAAAAGCUACUGGGAUCCAUGCUAUGAUAUACAACUGAUGCAAGAUAAAAUUGCUUUAAAUUUACUUUUUAUACAAACCAUAAGUGAUAUCGAAAGAGACUGGAUUAUUGUUGGACCUGAUGUCAAAAAAGAACUCCGAAAUCUCCAAGAACGUGGAAAUAAAAAAGAAUAUAUUGAGAUAGCAAGAAAUCUUCCCUCAUACGGAUGUGUGCAGUUUUCCAGUGCUAUAGUUGAUUAUCCUGAACCCAAUAAUAUAGCAGUUAUAACAGUUGGUAAUCGAGAACUAAGUAUUCGAUCUCAUUUAGGACAAAAAAUCCAUGAAACCAAAUUUCGUGUUACUCGAAUGCGUUGUUGGCGAGUAACAACUAUUCAUAAUAACGAAGAAGAAAACACUUCAUCGUUAGAUAACUCAGCGCAAAGUCUUGAAUUAUCUUUCGAGUAUCUUAUGUCCAAAAAUUGCCUAAAAUGGAUUACAAUUGCUAGUGACCAAGCAAUGCUUAUAUCUGUUUGCCUUCAAGGCAUGGUAGACGAAUUAAUAAAUCAAAAAGAUGGAAAUCAAUAUAUAUAUAAAACCGACAGUGUGCCGUACCAACCAAUGUGCUAUAUUCGAAGAGAUGGCAGCUCCACAAAUCAAAUUUGUGAUUCUAGCUCUUCGGACACGCUCUCUAGCUUGAAUAACGACAUUGAUAUGCCAAUUCAAUCGCAAUCAAAUUUCCUAUCAAUGCGUAGAAAGAUCAAAAAUAAAAUGUCUACAACGGUGUUCUUCCGCAAUGGUCGCGAAUCAGUGCAUAAUGAAGCAUUCGAGGGUAUCGGUGAUGAUGAUCUUUAAGCAAUAAUAAAAGAAGUGCAAACAAAGGAAUUAAUUUCCACAUAACGACGACGACGAUAUCGAGAUUAUGAUGAUGAUGACGAAAGAGAGAAAAGCCAUAAACAAAAAGAACAAAAACAAAAGAAAAUACUGAGGGACAUUUUUAAUAUUACUUUUAUUAUUAUUGUUAUUAAUAUAAUCAAUGGAAAAUUAUAUAUAUAUAUAUAUAUAUAUAAGUAUAUACAAACAUGCAAUGUUUUAAAGUACAUUUUGUUACAUUAUUUCUUCACAUUAUAAAAAGAAAAAUUAUAAAUACUUUUUUCUAAUCUAGAUGAUUUACAGAGUAUGCAAAACAAAAAAAAUAAUAAUAAUAAUGAACAAAAGAAUAACAAGUAUUUUAUAUAAAUAUUAUGUAACAGAAGUAUGCAUCUUAAAAACUUAAGAAAGGAACAGACAGGAGAGGAAAUUUGAAAAUAUACGUUAUGUCAAACAAAAUAUCCCGAAUUUGUUAAUCACAAAAGAGUGAGUCUUGAAAUUAUUCACCAUUUGAGAGGAACUUAAUCCUUAAUAUGGAAACAAUGUUGCCAACAACUAGCAAUGGAUCCUUCAAGAUCAAAUUGAAGCUCCUAAAAAAUCAAAACAAAUCAAGACUUCUUCUCGAGCUGAAUAAUAGUCAAAUAAUAACACUGGUCAACAAGGUAAUGUACGUGGAAAUCAAAAUAUACUUUUUCGUAAGGUGUUUGAGAUACAACGUUUUAUAUUUCUGGUUGUAUUAGGCUUUUUGAGACUAUGUAAAUUUGUAAGAUACACUCAUACUAUCGUCGGACAACAUAAGUGUGGCUUCAUCCCAGGCAAACCAACAACCGAUUAGAUUUUUACCCUUAGGUAGGCGUUGGGAAAUGUCUAGAAUUUAAUAUUCCAGCUUACCAUCUGGUUACAGACUUUAAGGCCUCCUACGAUGUGCCGGGCCACAGAGACAUCACAGGAAACUGUAGAGCCGAUGAACUCGCUAAAAAUGGAACCGUCAUACCUAUUUCAUCUGAAAGGGAGAAGAUAGGUGUACCGAUAGCUACAUGUAAACUUCUGCUAAAAAAAACAGCUUUUGCGAUAGCAAACUCUAGGUGGCACAAUUUACCAACAUGCGCAGCCACAAAACUCAUAUGGCCUUCACUUGACCUAAAGCGCUCUAAAUACUUGUUAUCUCAAAGCAGAAUUCAUAUAAGCUCCCUAAUAGAUGUUCUUACGAGACUCUAUCUUAUAGGCAGACACGUAAUACGACUUGGUGUAGCUUCAAAUGACUUCUGCAGGAGCUGUAUGGAAGAGGAAGAGAAGGAAAUAAUCUCUCACUCUCUCUGCACUUGCCCUGCUCUUUCACUAAGACGCAAACUUCAUCUGGGAGACUACUCUUUUGAUGAUCCCAGUGAACUUGCUAAAAAGGAUAUCAAAUAUCUUCUUCGCUUUAUAAAAAGCUCAAAAUGGUUAGACUAGUAGGAAGUAGUUCUGUAGAUUCAUGUGUUAUCACAAUGGGGCUUUUAUUUUGGCCUAAGAGUUUGAAUUCUGAAUCUGCAGCCACUUUAACCUAACCUAACCUAACGAUAGCAUCGCCAGGAUAGAAUUAUACAAAGCCAUGAACACAUUCGGCAAAAAAGCCGACGGAAAAUAUAUUUCCAAUAAUAACAAUGAUUCUUCAUUCAGAUCGAUUGGUCGACACAAAAUCUGGGGCUGCACAUUAGUGAAGGAAAAAAACAAAAUCUAUGGUGACGUCGACUUCCAGAAGAACAAUUGCUCAAAGUAUCAAGGUAGAGGAGAAUGAAUUUGAAGUAGUGCAAUCCAUCAAAUACCUUGGGUCAAUAUUAGCAGCCGACCUAAAGUGCGUUUGAGAGAGAGAAGUCUUGCGGGGAAUUGUUGGACAUUCUGGUGACGCUACAAUCAAGACCUGUAUGUAAUCUACC